AUGUUUCCCCAGUACCACAGAGCGGUCAGCAUGGGCCUCUGGCUCCUGAAGAGGACUGCUGCAGCAAAGAGCAGCUCUGACUGCUGUGAGAUGCGGUGGAACAGGCUCCGGCUGCAGGGAGGGGAGGGCCCAUGCGCGGGGCGGGUGGAGGUCUUCCACGACAACGCCUGGGGGGUGGUCUGCAACCACAAGUGGCAGAAGGCCAACGACGAGGUGGUCUGCAGGAGCCUGGGAUGUGGAGUUCCCAGGGGCUCCAGCACGGACUACACCAUCCCCGACGUCCCCAAACUGGCCUGGAUGAACGAGGUCAGCUGUACUGGGACGGAGUCCAGCCUGUGGGACUGCACGUUCCCCGGCUGGGGCGUUAACGGAUGCCCCACGGAGCAACACAUCAACAUCGAAUGUUCAGAAAAUGUUUCUUUGACUCUGGAGUUCGGCUGUGCCGGUGCUGUGCAGUACACAACUUCCAAAGGGAAGGGUGUCGUGUGCCAUGAAAACUGGGGGAAAAAGGAGGCGGACAUCGUGUGCAGAGAGCUGAACUGCGGCGUGAGCGCGUACGUGCCCCUGGCAGGAACCUAUCGAGCUCAGGGUCCCGCGCUGAUCGGCUCCCUGAACUGCACCGGGGACGAGACGUUCCUCUGGCAGUGCGUCACCAGGUUUGGGGCAGGAGAGGCGUGCGCUGACCCUGUGGGUGUUAUGUGCUCAGAGCACAGGCCGCUGCGUCUGAUUGGAGGCUCGCACAGCUGCUCCGGGAAGCUGGAGGUCAGGGAGUCCGGCGCCUGGCAACCGAUCUGCCGGACCGACUACCGGCGUCUGCCGAGCGCCGGGGAGCUGUGCUCGCGUCUGCGAUGCGGAGAGAGCGGCCGCCUCGAACCCGGGCCGUGCAACGGGACGGAGCAGGUUAACCUCACCUGCUCAGACGCCGUUAGGAUCGUGCUCCUGGACGGCGGCGGGAAGGAGAGCCGGUGCUUCGGGGCCGUGCAUGUGGACAGGAACGGCACGCGCGAGGCGGUGUGCGGCGACGGGUGGACGGAGGCGCAGAGCGGCGUGGUGUGCAGGGAGCUGGGCUGCGGGGGGGCUCUGACCCGCGGCCGGCGCGCCCGCGACGGGGGGAGGGCGGCGAGCGGGCGGCUGAGCCGGGUGCAGUGCCCGAACGCGGAGGCCAGCCUGUGGCACUGCCUCGCCCGAACCGCUGACAGAGCCCAGCGGUGCCAGGGAGCCUACGUGGUCUGCGAAGGCAGCAUGGACGUGCGGCUCGUUGACGGCCUGGGGAGAUGCUCGGGCAGAGUGGAGGUUUUGUACGAGGGCUCGUGGAAGAGCACGGUCGUGAGCGGGGGGACCAACAAACUGACAACCGACGCCUUGGAAGCCCUGUGCGGAAAGCUGAACUGCGGCAGAAUGCACCGGCACAGCGGCGAUCUCUUCAGCCACGGGGACACGGCGCCCUGGCAUCUCACCUUUUCGUGCCCGGAGGUUUUUUCACCUCGCGACUGCUUCAAGUUCGAACCGUACCGGCCGCUUCAGAAGAGACGGGACAGCACGAAAGUGAUCUGCACAGAGGACAAAAUGCUGUACCUCCUGGGAGAGACUCCCUGUUCUGGGAAAGUCGGGAUCCAGACCGUGGGGAACUACUGGCUGGCGGGAUCGCCGGGGGCCUGGGGGAUGGGCACGGCCGCGGCGGUGUGUCGACAGACGCAGUGCGGGAACGCGCUCUCCUUUAAAACCGUCGCCAGGGACGACGGCGACUCCCAGGGAGCGUGGAAGAGCACGUACAGCUGUUCCUCAAAUGAGACCUCGCCUUUCGACUGCACCCCCAGGGCGAAUAAAAACGACAGCGAGGUAGCGUUCGUUCACUGUUCAGGGUCCAAAUCGGCACGCCUGGAGGAAGGGUGCUGGGGAAAGCUUCGCGUCUGCGUGGGCGCGUCCUGCGGAGGCGUCUGCGCAGACGCGUGGACGCAGGAGAACUCAGACAUGGUCUGCCGGGAGCUGGGCUGCGGGAGGGCUCUGCUCGCGGGCCCGGGGGGCCCGAAGGCGGCGGGGACGCUGUUCCUGAGCGCGCACUGCGCCAGGCCGGUCCGGAACCUGACCCAGUGCACCUUCGUACCCGCACGCGACCACACGCACUGCCAGCAGAACCCGGUCUACGUCACAUGUUCAGGCAGCCUUCGGGCGAAGCUCGUGGACCCGCAGGACCGGUGCGCGGGGAACGUGGAGAUGUUUCUUUCCGGGUCCUGGUACCCCGUUUGCAAGGAGGCCCUGGGAGAGGCCCACGUUCGAGGGGCGGUCUGCGAAGAGGCGGGCUGCGGCUGGAACUCGACCUUCGGCGACUCCCUGUACAGACCCGCUGUCGCGAGGGGAAUAUCCGCCAUCGAGUGCACGGGAAAUAACACUUUAAAGGAGUGUCUGAUUACCGCCGGGCCUGAAGACUGCGUCCUUGGGCGUCUGCAGUGUUCCGGGCGGGUGAGCAUGUUGCUAGGCGACGGCGGUGCGUGCAAGGGGAGAGUGUUCGUCCUGGCGGAGGGCGGCGACCAGUACCCAGUGGCCGCGGAGGGCUGGGGCGUCCCGGAGGGCCAGGUGCUGUGCCGGUACCUGCGGUGCGGGGACUUCGUCCGCCAAUCGGGGGAACGGAGCCUGCUGCGGGACUGGUGGGCGGUGAGGUCCCGUUGCCUCGGCAACGAAACCAGCAUCUGGGACUGCGUCACGGCGGCGAGGGCGCCCGUGACGCCCGCCAAGAGCCGGCAGCUCCGCGUCGAGUGCUCAGACACCCCCGUUUUAAGCCUAUCGGGCAAACACCAAUGCUCCGGACGAGUGGAGAUAGACGUUGGAGGACAAAGAGGGGGUGUCUGUGGACAACACUGGGGAGAGAAGGAGUCCAGAGUCGUUUGCCAGGAGCUGAACUGCAGCCACGCGAUCUCUCACGAAAUCGAGCGAGGGGUUCGACGGGAAGCCAACUACGUGUCCUGCAGCGGCAAGGAGUCCAAACUCUGGCAGUGCGGGACGAGGAGCGACGCCUGCGAGUCGGGACUGGUCUCCGUCACCUGCGCAGAUGAUGUCCAGUUUAGCCUGACUGGAAAAUGUGGGGGCGAAGUUAAAAUGUAUUAUUGGGGUCAGUGGGAGAGCGUGUGCCCUCUGCCGUCCCCCACGUCCAAGGAGGCGCAGCUGAUCUGCGCACAUCUGGGAUGCGGAGACGCCGUCCGCGGCGAAGAGUCGACGCGAGAGGCCGAGCGUAAAAACAUGCGGGCCUCCAUUUUGUGCGCGGGCUCGGAGAAAUUCGUCCGGCACUGUGUCAGGCCUGUGUCUUGUACCGCGCAGACACCCGCCUUUGUCUACUGUCAGGAUUACGUCAGCCCAAAAUUCCCUGUGAACCCAGCUGUGGUCAUUCUACUGCUCACCAUCCUGGUCCUGGCGGCUGCACUGGGCAUUUGGCUAUGGUUAUACAGAGUAAGGAAUUUAAAGACAGGUAUGUCUGCAUUUGAGACUGGUGAUUAUGAAAAUGUUCUGUCAGAUGACAAUUAAAUGUCAAAUAUAGGUAUGAGAAACAAAGACAGUUCAGGCUCCUCCCUAUAA